AGGCGGGCGCGGAGGGCGCCGUCCUGGGGCGGGCGCCGGGGUCACCCCGCACGGCCUGGCCUGGCCUGGCCCCGCGUAGGGGAGAGGCCCCCGCCCACAGCGACUGCCGGGGCCUCCGGCCGCUCCGCAGGCGUCGCCCAGCGCGAUCCCGCAGCUGCUGGUAGGAGGCCGGGGUGACUGGCCCGCACACGGGGCGAGGGGCGCGCGGAGGCCGCCAGACCCGACCCGCUGCUGGGGACGCGCCGCACAGGUGACCCGCGGCCGGGACAGCCCCCAAGCCCGCACUGCCUCCGCCCUACCGCCCACACUCCCCGUGAGCUCCAGCCUCGCCCGCGUCAGUGCGGGGACGCCCGGCCGGACGCGGGUCUUCAGGGAAGUGGCCCGGAGCCAGCAGCAGGAGCCCCGGGCGACUGUGCCGACACAUGGGACCCUGGCCGCCGCCUGCCCCACUUCCAGCACCGCCCCUCCCACCCUAGACACUGGGGUACACGUGGGCGCGCGCCCACAUGUGCCGAGCAGCCCCAGGAGCUGCGAGUCGGGAGCCGCCCGGGGAGCGGGAGCGUCGAGGGAGGAGAGAUUCUCGGGCGAAAUGGGGCCCUACCUGACCCCCUCCCGCUGCCACUCCCGACACCCCCCCAGGGGACCCGGGGCCCGCUGUCCAGCAGGACCCCCGUGUCACCUCAACCACAAGGAGUCGCUCUGCCAUCCAGGACAGCAGUGGUGGGUCAGGCCCCACUCAUGGGCCCUUCUCAGGGCAGCUCAGAGCCCCCAGCAGGCCCAGGCCCACUGCCCUUCAGGAGGCACCAUGCUGUUAGGGAAAGGUGCGGGCAGCUCUCCGAGGUGGCUCCUGGCUGCUCUGCUGCUCACCAGCCUGCCGCGGGGCAUCCAGGGAACAGGCAGUGCCAACCUCAGCUUGGCAGCAGGCUACCCUGUGCCACUGGCGGGGGGCUCCUACCUGAGCAUCGGCGACGGCUCCGUGAGGCAGUUUGAGUUCCCCGAGAAGAGCCAGGGCGUCAUUGUGAUCUCCAGCCGCUACCCAGGACAGAGCAAUAGGACGGGGCCCGGCCCCACGCUGAGGGUCAGCUCCCUGGACACGGAGGUGCUGACGGUGCGGAACGUGAGUGCCAUGAGCUGGGGCGGAGGGGAAGGCUUCGUGGUGAGCAUCCGCUCGGGCCUGCCGGGGCUCGCCCCGCUCCACAUCCAGCUUCUGGAUCCCCGUGCGGCUCCGCCCUCGCUGAUCGAGGAGCGGCGUGAUUUCUGCAUCAAGGUGGCACCCAGCGAAGAGCCCCCCACCUCCCUGGGCGUGGGCCUGCUGCAUUUCUCCGAGAACCCAGUCCUCUACCUGCUGCUGCCCCUCAUCUUUAUCAACAAGUGCUCCUUCGGCUGCAAGGUGGAGCUGCAGGUCUUGAAGGGGCUCCUGCAAAGCCCGCAGCCCGUGCUGCUGGGCCUGCUGGGCCAGUUCCUAGUCAUGCCCUUCUAUGCCUACCUGAUGGCCAAGGUCUUCGCGCUGCCCCAGGCCCUGGCCCUGGGCCUCAUCAUCACCUGCUCCUCGCCUGGCGGCGGGGGCAGCUACCUCUUCAGCCUCCUCUUGGGUGGCGACGUCACCCUGGCCAUCUCCAUGACCUUCAUCUCCACGGUGGCGGCCACCGGCUUGCUGCCUCUGUCUUCCACUGUCUACAGCUACCUGCUCAGCAUCCACGAAACGCUGCACGUGCCCAUUUCCAAGAUCCUGGGGACCCUGCUGUUCAUCGCCGUGCCCACGGCAGCCGGCGUGGCCAUCAGGUGCACGCUGCCCCGGCUCUCACAGCUGCUGCUGCAGGUCAUCAAGCCCUUCAGCUUCCUGCUGCUCCUGGGCGGCCUCCUCCUGGCCUACCGCAUGGGUGUCUUCAUCCUGGUGGGCGUCCAGCUGCCCAUUGUGCUGGUGGGUCUCACGGUGCCCCCGGUCGGCCUGCUGGUGGGCUACUGCCUGGCCGUGUGCCUGAAGCUGCCCGUGGCGCAGCGGCGGACCAUCAGCAUGGAGGUGGGGGUGCAGAACAGCCUGCUGGCCUUGGCCGUGCUGCAGCUGUCCCUCUGCCGCCUUCAGGCUGACUACGCCUCCCAGGCGCCCUUCAUUGUGGCGCUGAGUGGCACCUCGGGGAUGCUGGCCUGGGUGGUGGGCCACUCUAUCUAUACCAGCCUGUGCCCAGUCUCCUGAGGGCACGCUCUCCCGUGCCCGCCCCCACCACAGCCCCCACUGCUCAGGUGUACCGACAGGCCUUUAGUUCUCAUGCACUAUGCACUCAGAAAAACCCAAACUUACUAUUGUUUUUGCUUUUUUUUUUUUUUUUUUUUACUUCUUUUGUAUUCUCCAGCUUCCAGUGCCAAAGAGGGCGAGCAGUCUCAGGCAGGUGGGCCCCGCCCAGAAAGUGUGUGAAUAAAAGAGAGAAGCA